AAGCGGAAGUGGGUGAAAAUAGGGGGGUGAAUGGAGGAGGCUGGAGAAAGAGGUAAAGCGACUGGUGAACUCUGAGGCAGUGGUGGCCAUGUAUUUCACUCGGGGGGAAUGGGAUUUCCUGGAUCCGGGCCAGAGGGUCCUCUACAAGGAGGUCCUGUUGGAGAAUUAUGGGAAUGUCGCCUCUUUGGGUAAGAGCCCCCUUUGCCCUCCAUGGAUGCCCUUUGGGACUCAUGGCUGCAGCCUCAAGGAAGGAGACGGGACAGGCAACAUGCCCCCAAGUGAGGCCUACCGGGAGCCCCCCAUGGCAUCCUGGGAAGCGGCCAAACCGAUUGUGGAGAAGCAGCAGGAGUUUGAGGGCCAAAGCGGGGUGUCCAAGCCGAAGGGGAACCAGUCCAAGAACGGGAAGAAGAAGCCUCCUACCCCGCUGGGUCCCGAGAUAGGGGAGCCUUUGGCCCCGGAGCCCAGCCAGGCAAAGUGCCCUGCCUGCGGGAAGGCCUUCAAGUACGAGUCGCACCUGAACAUCCACUUCCGUGUCCACACGGGGGAGAAGCCCUACGCCUGCGCAGAGUGCGGGAAGUGCUUCAGCCAGCACGGGCACCUCCACUCCCACCAGAGGACCCACUCCGGGGAGAAGACCUACAAGUGCAUGGACUGCGGGAAGAGCUUCAGCGACAGUGGGGCCUGCACCAAGCACCAGAGCACCCACAGCAAGGAGAAGCCCUACCAGUGCCUGGAGUGCGGGAAGAGCUUCAGCCAGCACGGGCACCUCCACUCCCACCAGAGGAUCCACACCCGGGAGAGGCCCUACAAGUGCACCGAGUGCGGGAAGGGCUUCAGCCAGCGGGGCCACCUCUACUCCCACCAGAGGAUCCACACUAAGGAGAAACCUUACAAGUGCACCGAGUGCGGGAAGAGCUUCAGCCAGCGGGGCCACCUCUACUCCCACCAGAGGAUCCACACCAAGGAGAAGCCCUACAAGUGCCUGGAGUGCGGGAAGUGCUUCAGCCAGAGCGGGCACCUCCACUCGCACGAGCGGACCCACACGGGAGUGAAGCCCUACAAGUGCAUGGAGUGCGGGAAGUGCUUCAGCCAGCGGGGGCACGUCUAUGCGCACCAGAGGACCCACACAGGGGAGAAGCCCUACAAGUGCGUGGAGUGUGGGAAGAGCUUCGGCCAGCGAGGGCACCUCCAUUCGCACCAGAGGACCCACACGGGGGAGAAAGCCUGCAAGCGAGCCGAGUGCGGGCAGUGUCUCGGAGGCGGCGUCGGCGUCGGCGCGUGUGCCAAGCACCAGCGGACUCCUACGUGGGAGAAACCCUACAAACACAUGGAAAGCGCUCCUUCGGUUAUGGCGGAAUACUGUGGAGAUGGACAGGAUAACGAAGACGGAGGGGAGCUGUACCCCGCUUUGCCUCAAAGACAGGACGGAGGGCCGAUAAUGAAAACCGAGGAGGAGGAGGAAGAGGAAGAGGAAGCCCUUUCUGCCCCCGAAGUCCCACGCGCCGGGGAGAGGCCCUUUGAAUGCCUCGUGUGCAGGAAGGCCUUCGCCCAGAAAACCCACCUCACCCGCCACCACGCGACCCACACGGGGGAGAAGCCCUUCCGGUGCUCGGAGUGCGGGAAGACCUUCGCGCAGAAGUCCCACCUGGCUUCCCACCGGGCCACGCACACCGGGGAGAAGCCUUUCCAGUGCCUAGAGUGCGGGAAGGCCUUCGCGCAGAAGACGCACCUCACGCGCCACCGGGCCACCCACACGGGCGUCAAGCCCUUCUCUUGCUGGGAGUGCGGGAAAGGCUUCAGCCAGAAGACGCACCUCACGGCGCACAUGGCCACCCACACGGGGGAGAAGCCCUUCAAGUGCCAGGAGUGCGGGAAGGGCUUCAGCUGGACCACGGACCUCCUCGCGCACCAGGCCACGCACGCGAGCGAGAAGCCCUUCGUGUGCCCGGAGUGCGGGAGGGGCUUCAGCCAGAAGAAGAACCUCGUCUCCCACGAAGCCACGCACACGGGAGUCAAGCCUUUCCAGUGCCUCGAGUGUGGGAAGAGCUUCAGCUGGAAGCUCAACCUCAACCGCCACGCGGCGACCCACACGGGGGAGAAGCCGUUCCUGUGCCAGGAGUGCGGGAAGAGCUUCAGCUGCACCACGGACCUCCUGCGCCACCAAGCCACGCACACCGGCGACAAGCCUUUCCGGUGUCUCGAGUGCGGUAAGGGCUUUGGCUGGAAGAGCAGCCUGCGCUCCCACGAGGCCACGCACACUGGGGAGAGGCCCUUCCCUUGUGGCGAGUGUGGGAAGAGCUUCGGUCAGAAGUCGCACCUGGCGGCCCACCGGGUCACCCACACGGGCGAGAAGCCCUUCCGGUGCCUGGAGUGUGGGAGGGGCUUUGCGCAGAAGUCACACCUCGCCUCCCACCGGGCCACGCACACUGGGGAGAAGCCCUUCCGGUGCCUGGAGUGCGGGAAGAGCUUCGGAUGGAAGCUGAACCUCACGCGCCACCAGGCCACGCACACCGGGGAGAAGCCCUUCGCGUGCCUGGAGUGCGGGAAGAGCUUCAGCUGGAAGACCGACCUCAUCCGGCACCACUCGACACACACCGGGGAGAAGCCCUUCCAGUGCGGCGAGUGCGGGAAGUGCUUCAGCCAGAAGAUCAACCUGGCCCACCACCGGGCCACCCACACCGGGGAGAAGCCCUUCAAGUGCCUCCAGUGUGGCAAGGGCUUCCUCUGCACCACGGACCUCAUCCGGCACCAGGUCACCCACACGGGAGAGAAGCCCUUCCAGUGCCUCGAGUGCGGGAAGUGCUACAGCCAGAAGAUCAACCUCAACCACCAUCGGGAGUCCCACGCGCGGGAGAAGUCAGCAAAGGGAACCUGAGGUGGUGGCACAUCCACUAAGGCACAUCCUUUCAGGUAACUGAGGAGCAGUGGGUCCUCCAUUGUUGCUGACCUAGAACUGUGUGUACAUUGAACUCGUGUGUACAUUGUCCAAACUUAUUUCCCUCUACGAACUCCCAAGGACCGUAAGAUCGUCUGGAGAAGCCCUGUUCUCAGUCCCACCACCAUCACAGUCGCGUUUGGUGGGAACGAGAGACGGGGUCUUCUCGGUGGUGGUCCCUCUGCUGUGAAGAUCAGAUCUGCUCCAUCACUCCUGACCUUCCAGAAGAAGCGAACAAAGUGAAACUUAAUUCAGACAAGACAGAGGUCCUCCUAGUCAGUCGGAAGGCUGAAAAGGGCAUAGGGUUACAGCCUGUACACUCUAGGAGACACACAACAUAUAUAGACAAACACACAGAACUCGUGUGUACAUUGUCCAAACUUAUUUCCCUCUACGAACCCCAAGGACCUUAAGAUCAUCUGGAGAAGCCCUGUUCUCGGUCCCACCACCAUCACAGUCGCGUUUGGUGGGAACAAGAGACGGGGUCUUCUCAGUGGUGGUCCCUCUGCUGUGAAGAUCAGAUCUGCUCCAUCACUCCUGACCUUCCAGAAGAAGCGAACAAAUUGAAACUUAAUUCAGACAAGACAGAGGUCCUCCUAGUCAGUCGGAAGGCCGAACAGGGCAUAGGGUUACAGCCUGUACACUCUAGGAGACACACAACAUAUAUAGACAGACACACAGAGGCUAUUUAACAUUCCAGCUUCUGGCCACCAGGGGAGCUGUCGCUUCACCAUCCAUUUGUGACACUGAUGAAGUACUUCCUCAUUCUUUGCAGGCUUGCUGGAGAUUUUUAUGGCAUCGUAAAUUUGUUAAAUUAGCCUCUCCACAAACACGGUACCUAAAUUUCCAACUGUCUUUUGGGCUGCAAAGGUCGACAACAAGCUCCACAAAUUGGUCAAAAGCUCACUCCGACCCAGGCUGGCUUUGAAUACAUGACCUUUUGGUCAGUAGUGAUCUUAAUGCAGCUGUGCCACAGUCCAUAAAUAGUUCCAGCCCAGCUUACCUGUCUGAAUGUAUCACCCUCUACGAACCCCCAAGGACCUUAAGAUCGUCUGGAGAAGCCCUGUUCUCGGUCCCACCACCAUCACAGUCGCUUUUGGUGGGAACGAGAGACGGGGUCUUCUCGGUGGUGGUCCCUCUUCUGUGGAGAUCAGAUCUGCUCCAUCACUCCUGACCUUCCAGAAGAAAUUGAAAUCCUGGUUGUAGGAUCAAGCGUUUGCAGAAAUAGUAGUCAUAGAAUCAUAGAAUCAAAGAGUUGGAAGAGACCUCAUGGGCCAUCCAGUCCAACCCCCUGCCAAGAAGCAGGAAUAUUACAUUCAAAGCACCCCUGACAGAUGGCCAUCCAGCCUCUGCUUAAA